CAUAACGAUAAUUUCGCAUAACAAUGAGCUCUCAUGAACGGAUUAAUAUCGUUAUGCGGGGGUCCACUGUACAUGGUAUACAGGCCUAGCUGACAUCAGUAAGUAAGUUUAUUCAGGUAUACACAAAUACAGUUACAUAGAAUUAUCAUACAUAGCAGCAUAUGUGUAGAGAACCUAGGAUAACCCAAAAAAGUCAGACAGAGUGACUUAUUUCCAUUGGGGUCUUUUUACUUUAUUAUUAUAAUAUAAAUGUUAUAAUAUUUUCUUAUUAUUCUAUAAUGAAGAUAACAUGUUAUUAUCAUACUAAAAAGACUAUCUACUACAUGAGGGUCAUUAAGACUAUCUACAAUGCAAGUGACAUACUACUGUAUAGAAAGGCACAUUUUAUGCUGAGUAUUUCAAGAAAAUUAGGUCAGUGUCCCAGGAUAACACCCACACUAGUCGGCUAACACCCAGGUGCCCAUUUACUGAUGGGUAAACAUAGACAGCAGGUGUAAAGAAACACGCCUAAUGUUCCUACCCUGGCUGGGAAUCGAAUAUUUACCAAAAAUCAUAUAUGGCUAAUCCAAGCCAGGUACUAAAAAUAAGCCAUGUUGACUUUUUUGGGGUUAUCCUAGGUUCUCUACACAUAUGCUACUAUGUGUGAUAAUCUAUAGAGAGAAAAUAACUUUUUUUGUUUUAUGUUUAUGGUGGAGUACGAGUGUAUAUAAUAGUUAGCCCUGUGAUAUACUCCAUUUUCUCUAAUAUAAGCCACCAAGAAAAGGAUAGGAGAAUGGUAUUUGUUUACCACAUCCUCUUCAUAACUCUGUCGAACUGCUCGGUGUUAUGCCAAAUAUUAUUCAUUCUGGAGUAUUUAACAUGUUUUAUGUUAUUUAUGUUGUUUCUUAUGUCAUAUUAGAUCAAUUGUGAUAGACAAAUAAGCUGUAGUGUUGAUAUUAGUGUAAUAAUAAAGCAUAUUCUCCUGCUUCAUGAGACUGAGCUCAUGGCAACUGACAGUGGCUUCAAAGCCACCUUAUCUUUAAUGGAUAAUGUACUGUGUAGGUGCUUUACAUAAUGAGAAGCAUUUCUUUUAUUCAUUGGAACCAUGGCUAGGGCUAAAAGUAAGCAGGUUAAAACAAUAAAUGGAGAAAAAGAAUUUGGAAUGACUUAUGCAGCAAGUAGCGCCACCAAACAGUACCAGCAGGUUGGUGUGGCGACCCUAGAAAUUUGAAAUUAUGCUAGCCAAAAUUAGUGCCGAAUAACUGAAGGAUCCGAAUAACUGAUUGCCGGAUUUGUGAUGGCGGACCUGUAUACAGUACACUACUGUAUAAACAUUUAAAAAUAUACUAAAAAUGUUAUAAGUGGUGCAAAGGUGACAUUAAAGCAAUAUCAAAGAUGGUUGACGCAAACCUACUACCAUUAUAGUAUCCUCCUUGCUUAGCGACAAAUUCAUUUACUGAUGUGGUCUUAGGAAGAGAACUCCAUCAUUAAGUGAGGAGAGGCUGUAUUUUAUUAAAUUAUUUAACCAUUUUGAGGUCCUUACAAUGGUAUUAAUGCUUUGAGCUCUGGGUCAGUGCCAUUGAACUACGUGAUGAGCUCAGCUCACUCAUAAGCUGUGAGUGGUAAGUUUUGACCUAGAUAUGAGUGAAUGCUUUAUGUGGUAAGUGUUCAUCAUAUAAAACAAAUCCUGCAGCACACCAUACACAAUGAGAGAAAAAAAUUGCGACUAUGUUUUUGGAUUAAAACAGCGAGUUUGUGGUGUAUUUUAUGUUUUUUAUGGUUGCAUUCAUGGUUUCUUGGUCUCAUUUGAUAAAAUGGAAGAUAUAUUACAGAAAUAGAGAUGAUUUUGAUUGGUUUCAGUACUGAAACUGAGCUCAAAGUAGUGGAAAUGUUCGAUUUUCAGUAGUGUGUGUUCCAUUCUCUCAGUUGAUACCAAGAAAAAACCAUAAAAACCAUCCUAGAAAACACCUCAAAUUCCCUGUUUUAAACCAAAUAAAUAAUCAGAGGAUUUCUUUGUGCUCACUCACCACACAGACCUGUUCUAUGUCUAGGUCAAAAUUUACUACUCACAUUAUAGUAUUUGAUCUGUUCGAGUGACUCUCGUGUCAGUAAUGUAGAUCUUCAAAAGAGACAGUGAAAGAGUUAACAUUAAUUCACUAUAUACAUGCAAAGCAGAAAUGAUAGAAAUUUCCAUACAUUAAAAUGUAUUUAUAACAGUUUUCAGAUUUUUUCCUUGUUGAUAAAUUACACACAUAUGCAACACUUGGGUAUCAAUAAAGACACCCAAGUGUCGCAUAUGUGUCUAAUUUAUCAACUUGUCGGUUCUCUGAACCAUUCAUCAUCACUUUUUCGCUUGUGUUCGGUAAUGAUCUCCUGCAUCAGUGUCCAGCAUUAGCCAGUCAUCAAACUGAUUGCCAGGUUCCUCUGAUAUUUCUUCUCCAUGAUGGCUGUCUUGGUGAAAUCAUUCACCGUGAAGUUCUAUUUCUCAGAAAGGGUUUGUGUUGGAGCAAAACUAACUUCAGCUUUGAAUUCAGUAUCCCCAAAUAAGUUAGAAACACAAGUUUUUAAAUGUGAAGUGAGAUCAUUGUUGGCCAGUGUUACCUCUUGAGUAAAGGAAUAGCUCUAUAAAUUAUGUCCAGUUUGCUCUGUAAGAUAAACUUGCCCAGUAUAUCAAACACUAUUGAUAUCUUAGCAGAACUAAAUUUACAAAAAGGCUCAUUCAACUUUUCUUUUACAGAUGAUGUUUACAUUGUACUCAGUACUAUAAUGAACGUACUGUGCUGGCACCCAGUGUCAUCACACAAAAAAGUGGCGAAAGUACUGAGAUUAGCUGGUGUCAGCAGCAAGUUUAAUGAAGCAUAUUGCACUGUCUGAAAUACUAAGUACAACUUCUGUCAGCACUGUUUAGAGACACCUUCAUUGGAGACUGUUAAAUGUGAGGCAAUAGAAAGAGAAAAUACAAAAUGUAAAGUACAGUAAGUCUAUUGUUAUGUGAAUACAAUAAGUCUAUUGUUAUGUGAAGUACAGUAAGUCUAUUGUUAUGUGAAGUACAGUAAAUCUACUGUUAUGUGAAGUACACUAAGUCUAUUGUUAUGUGAAAUUCAGUAAGUCUAUUGUUAUGUGAAGUACAGUAAAUCUACUGUUAUGUGAAGUACACUAAGUCUAUUGUUAUGUGAAAUUCAGUAAGUCUAUUGUUAUGUGAAGUACAGUAAGUCUAUUGUUAUGUGAAGUACAGUAAGUCUAUUGUUAUGUGAAGUACAGUAAGUCUAUUGUUAUGUGAAGUGGUGCAUAGCAUACAAGAAAUUACUAAUAUAUUUAGUUUUAGAAACUUCAAAUAAAAUAAAAAUAAAGGCAACAUGGAGGAAGUAGAGAAACUCCAUCAUUGUCUUGUGUGUGAAAAAGUUUUUUCAACUAGUUAUAAACUCAUGAGACAUAUCAGUACUCAUACAGCAGAGAGAUCUUAUCAUUGUCCAGAAUGUUCAAAAGGCUUCAUUAAUAAGUCCUCUUUAAAACAACAUCAGAUAGUUCAUACAGGAGAAAAGCCAUAUCAGUGUUCAGUGUGUCUGAAAGACUUUAGUGAUAAAUCUUCACUAAAUAGUCAUAAGAGAAUUCAUACAGGAGAGAAAUUAUAUCAGUGUCUGGAAUGCAUGAAAAACUUUGUUAAGGAAUCCUCACUAAAACAACAUCUGAGAGUUCAUACAGGAGAGAAGCCAUUUCAGUGUUCAGUGUGUCACAAAGACUUUAGACAAAGGGGUCACCUGAAGUCACAUAUGAGACUUCAUACUGGAGAGAAACCAUAUCAGUGCUCAGUGUGUACAAAGUUAUUUACAGUAAAAUGUGCUCUGGUAAAACAUAUGUGCAGUCAUACCGGAGAGAAGCCAUUUCAGUGUACAGUGUGUCAAAAAAACUUUACACUAAGUUUUCAACUCACUUCACACAUGAGACUUCAUACAGGAGAGAAGCCAUAUCAGUGCUCAGUGUGUUUGAAAGACUUUGUUGAUAAUUUUUCACUAAAAAAACACCAGAGAAUUCAUACAGGAGAGAAGCCAUAUCAUUGUUCAGUUUGUCUGAAAAACUUUUCUAAUAAAUCCUCACUACAAAAUCAUCAGAGAAUUCAUACAGGAGAGAAACCAUAUCAUUGUUCAGUGUGUAUGAAAGACUUUACUGAAAGAUCUGCACUAAAAAAACACCAGAGAGUUCAUACUGGAGAGAAACCAUACCAUUGUUCAAUGUGUCCAAAACAAUUUUCAGUAAAAUGUUCUCUAGUAAGACACAUGAGCAAUCAUAGAAAAGAAACACAUAAGUGUCCAGAGUGUCAGAAAGUAUUUUCAAGUAAGUCUUGUUUAGUAAAGCACAUGACACUUCACAAAGGACAUAAACUGUACAAAUGUUCAAAGUGUCAGAAAAGCUUUUCAGUAGAAGAAAAUUUAGUAAAACAUUUAAAAAAUCAUGGAGAAGAAACACCAUGCAAGUGUUCAGAGAGUCAGAAAGGCUUUCCAAGAAAUGAAGAUUUAAUAUGUCAUCAAAAAAUUCAUGAGGGGGAGAAACCAUAUAGUUGCUCACUGUGCUCCCAGAGCUUUUCACAAAAAUUAGAAUUUGAAAAUCACAUGAAAGGUCACAACACAGAGCAACCUUAUCAGUGUUCAAGGUGUCUGAGGAAUUUUGCACAUAAAACUAACCUAGUAAAUCAUAUGGUAACUCAUAUAUGAUAGAGAAUACAUAGCAGUUUGAAUUGUUUUUAAAACUUUAAGAAAAUUAUAUUUUGUAAAACCUCAUAUGACUGGUCACUUUAGCAGAAAAAUCCAAGUGAAAUUGAUGCUUUUGAUUAGAAAUAUGUGUGUGAGAAAUAUUUAACACAUAAAAUAACACAAAUAUAAAAUAACAGUAAGGCAAGACUAAAAUACACUUGGAAAUACAAUUAGUUUAUUUGUACCUGUCUAGUGUACUUAUAAUAUUAGUUAGUUUAUUCCUACCUAUUUAGUUAACUUAAGAAUACUAGUUAGUUACUCAGGAAGGAAUAACUUCCUGAGUAGUGCACUUAAGAAUACUUGUAACAGCUUGACAAAGUUCCUGGACAGCAAAACAUUGCCACAAUAAAACGUUGCAUUAGAUGCACAUAUGCCUGUUUACUUAACACUUUAAAACACAAGUUAAUUUAUUCCCAUCUGUCUAGUGCACUGAAAAAUACAAAUUAAUUCAUUCUCAUCUCUCUAGUGCACUUUAAAAUACAAGUUAAUGUAGUCCCGUCUGUCUAAUGCACUUGAAAAUACUGGUUCUUUUAUUUCUACAUGUCUAGUUAAGCAUUUUAUAAAUCACAUUCAUUGAACAUUGUCAUUCAUGAGUGUAUUCUUUAGUAAAACAACAGAAUUAUUGGAAUCAUUAAUCUCUUAACUCUUUAACUGUCCAAACGUUGAUCUAAGUUCUUACUGCUAGUGCUCAAAACAUAGAUCAACCUUUUAUUUUCCUGCCUCCAAAUUUAGCACGAUAGGCGUGAUAGGCCUAGGCAGUAUAGAAUGGGUCUUAACACUUGGUGUGUGCACUAUUAAAAAUAAAUCUGGGACCACUUAGUACCUUGUGGGAGCACCAGCUAGAGCAAAUACUGUGGCAAACCCCAGGGAUUUACUAAUGCCAUGUCGUAUUAACAUUUUUACGAGGAAAGUGAUAUUGACUCCGAGUUUACUGGCUUUCAGAUGAAUGUUUACCUGGAAUUUACCAUGAGAGGGUUUUACGGGUCAACGUUCCCAUGGCUUAGUCUGAGACCAGGCCUCAUGGAGGAUCAGGGUCUGAUCAACCAGGCUGUUACUGCUGGCCACAUGUUCACUGUUGUACGAACCACAGCCCGCCUGGUCAGGUACUGACUUGAAGUGCCUGUCCAGUGCCUGCUUGAAGACAUCCAGGGGUCUAUUGGUAAUUCCCCUUAUGUGUGUUGGGAGGUAGUUGAACAGUCUUGGGCCCCAGACACUUAUUGUGUUGUCUCUCAGUUAACUCAUGGCACCUCUGCUUUUCAUUGGGGAAAUGUUGCAUCUCCUGCUGAGUCUUUUGCUAUCAUAGGGAGUGAUUUUCAUGUACAAGUUUGGUACUAAUUCCUCUAUGAUUUUCCAAGUGUAUAUUAUCAUGUAUCUCACCUGCAUUCCAGGGAAUACAAAUCAGAAGCCUUCAACCGUUUCCAGUAAUUUAGGUGCCUUAUCGUACUUAUGUGUGCAGUGAAAGUUCUUUGUACACUCUCCAGGUCAGCAAUUUUGCCUGACUUGAAGGGGACAAUUAGUGUACAGCAGUACUCCAGGUUAGAGAACAAGCGAUUUGAAGAGAAUCAUCAUGGGCUUGGCGUUCCUAGUUUUGAAGGUUCUCAUUAUCCAUUUUAUCAUUUUCCUAGCAGAUGCGGUAGAUACAUUAUUGUGGUCUUUGAAGACGAGAUCCUCUGAUAUUAUCAAUCCCAGGUCCUUCACAUUACUUUUUUGCUCUAUUGUAUGGUUAGAAUUUGUCACAUACCCUGAUACAGUUUUAAUUUCCUCAAGUUUUCCAUAUCUGAGUAGUUGAAAUUUCUCUUUACUGAACUUCAUUGAACCAUGUGCAACAUUUGUGCAACAUCUUUUCAAUUUUGAUACCAUUGGUAGUGUCAUCCUUUCAGAAUGUCCUAUAACCUAUGCCCUAAGUAAAGAGAAAUGAUUCUGUAACAUAUAAUACAUGUUCAGCAAGCUGGCUGAGUGGCUGACCUGGGUAGCUCUAUCUGUCUCUGUCUUUGUCUGCCUGUCUUUAUCCCAGAGCCUCUUAUAAACCAGAAUCAAAAACUAAUUAAGUUUAUUUUGUUACAGGUACACAUACGUACAGUUAUCAUGCACAAUGUAAAUUACCUAGAAUAACACCCCCCCCCCUCCAAAAAAAAAAUAAAAAAGUGCUGUUCUGUGCUUGUUGAUGAAGCAUAAGCAUGACUGGCAAGCAAUACGCAUUUCCAUUUGUUCAGAAGCGACUGUUCUGCAACAUGUGCAAUACUUGUUGGCUCAUAAGCAUCUCUCUCUGAGACAGAGAGAGAGAGACAGGCAGACAGAGAUACACACACAGGCAGACAGAGAAAGACAGGAAGACAAAUAGCAGAGACAGAAAGACAGAUAGAUAGCUGUGACUUUGUAAAUGGUCCAAGUCGGACCGAAACAUCGUAAGCUCCUCUCUUCUAUGUGCUGGUUAUUUGUGUAUCGCUCCAGUCAUGGUAUUGUGCCUUUUUUUGUUAUUUUAGAUCAAAUAAAAAAAAAACGCAUACCAAAGUUCACUGGGAGCAGUGCAUGAUCAGCAAUAAAAGAUAGAUACAUUUUUUAUUUCUUUGAAAAGGUUACAAUGUGUAAUUACAAUUUUGAUUUGUUAAAUGCUGGGGCAUUUCGGGCAGAUUAAUCCUAAUACUAUACUUAAAAACUACUUCAGUUUAGACAAGAUAAGAGUGGUUAUCAUUAUUUUAUCUUAAUACAAAUGCAAGGUAGUCAAAGUUGAAGGUUUAUAAGAAUAAUAAUCUUGAUGUUGCACAUAACGAAUGUUAAUAUUAAAAAUAAUGGUUCAAACUGUACUGUUUUAAGUAUGAGUAAGUGUUCUCAAUAGGCUAGAGGUCAUAUAAUAUUUGGGAGAGUUGCUUCAAACUGGUUAGAUGUUGGUUUGGUUAGUAUUGAGAAAUAGAUGACUUUUAAGCAUAACCCUAAAUUUGUAUGUAGUCGGGAUCUUUUACUGGUUCAGGUAGUGAAUUCCAGAUCUUCGGGCCCUUUAUGUGCAUUGCAUUUUUUGCAUUGAGUGACUAGUGACUACACCAUCAGCAGUGUAGAGUAACACUGUUGUCUGACACUGUACUUCAAGGAUUUUCAUACACUUCUAAAAACAUUGCUGGGACAUAUAAAUAAUUUAUAUUUCAAGACCAAGCCAGAUGAACAUGUUCCCCUGUCAGUGUGUUUGUGACUUUUAUUACUAUUUCUGUAUCUAAUAUUAGUAUCAGAACAAAGAUUGGCUACCAGAUCACAAGAGCUGCUAUAAAUUUUAAUUAUCAGAACAUAAAUAUUGUACCUACAGUGCUCGUCACAGCAUUAUGCUGGGUAAGCACCCCAGCACAAUGCUGUGAUGUUAAUCAAAGGCCUACCAUACAGGGAGAUCUUUUUUCGUCAGUGCAUUCUGCUGGGUAGCCGCUGUCAGCAUGACAUCUCGGCCUGCUGCCACAGUUCACAAUGACUUCUCAUUGCUCACGUGGCUGCCGUGGCGAGAGUAAGUGUUGCACUGUUGUCUCUCACCUGCCCCAUCUUUUGUCCAGUGCUCCCUUUGGUUUUGGGACUAUACAUCUUUGAUUAUUGGUAAAAGGAUGUCUUUAACACCUGAAACUGUAGCUCAAAUUUUAGGGCUUCACAAAGCUGGGCACCAGACGAAAGAAAUAGUGGAGAAAGUUGGUGUGUGUGAGCGUUCAGUAAGGAACUGUAUGCAGCGUUUCAAGGCUGGUGGCGGUGUCGAGGUACCGUCUGCCAAACCUCAGCCUGGCCCCUCAAAGAAGACAUUUGUUCGUACCUUAACUGUGUUAAAGAAGCAGUUACUCUCUCACUGAAUGCUCACACACACCAACAUUCUCCACUAUUUCUUUCAUCUGGUGCCCAGCUUUGUAAAGCCCUGUGAUUUGAGCUUUAGUUUCAGGUGUUAAAGAUU